AUUGACGUUUAUUUUGACAAUCACUUCCGCUUUCAUUUUUCACACGGUGAGCAACGUUACAAUCAACGUAAACAUAUUUUACAUCGCUUUACUUAAAAUAAAAGUCAAGACGUCGAAUAUCCAACAUACAUCAAACAUGGCUGACGUUGCGGAACUGCAGAAAAGAUUAAAACAUCUCGAAGAAGAGUUAAAAGCCGAAAAACAGAAAAACCAACAUACCGUAAGGACAAAAAUCGCAGAAAUGAGCUCCGAAGUUGUUGAUUCGAAUCCAUAUAGUCGCCUGAUGGCUUUGAAGAGAAUGGGUAUUGUUGAUAACUAUGAGCGAAUUCGUGACUACACAGUGGCUGUUGUGGGAGUGGGUGGAGUGGGCAGUGUUACUGCUGAGAUGCUGACCCGAUGUGGUAUCGGAAAGCUGAUCCUGUUUGACUAUGACAAAGUGGAGUUGGCCAACAUGAAUCGGUUGUUCUACCAGCCCCACCAGUCUGGGAUGAGUAAAGUAGAGGCUGCAGAGAGAACAUUGAAAGAGAUCAAUCCAGACGUAGAGUUUGAGACGUACAACUACAACAUCACAACCAUGGACAACUUCAGUCACUUUAUGGACCGAAUACAGCAUGGAGGAUUGAAGGAUGGUGUACCAGUUGACCUUGUGUUAAGCUGUGUCGAUAAUUUUGAGGCUAGAAUGGCAAUUAAUGCGGCAUGUAAUGAACUCGGACAGAACUGGAUCGAGUCAGGUGUUAGUGAGAACGCAGUGUCAGGACACAUUCAAUUUGUGAUACCGGGAGAAACAGCAUGCUUCGCUUGUGCCCCUCCCCUAGUUGUUGCCACUAAGACAGACGAGCGCACGUUGAAGCGUGAGGGAGUGUGCGCCGCCAGUCUCCCCACCACCAUGGCUGUAGUUGCGGGAUUCCUUGUCCAGAACACACUCAAGUACCUGUUAAAAUUUGGCGAUGUAACACACUAUCUAGGAUACAAUGCACUACAAGAUUUUUUCCCUACAAUGUCUAUGAAGCCAAAUGAACAGUGUGACGACCGUCAUUGUCAACGGCAACAGGCAGAGUAUAAGAAACGUGAGGCAGCAAACCCCAAACCAGUAGUCGUUGAAAAGAAAGAAGAGGAAGUUAUACAUGAAGAUAACCCGUUUGAGAUUGAGCUUGUGUCUGAGACGUCUGCAGAAGAACUGAGCGCCGCUGAGGGGCCCCGACCCAAACUGACUGAGGGUCUCAGGGUCGCUUACACUGUACCCGCACCACAGAAUGAGUCUGAUGCUGAUAACACAGUAGAGACAGAAGAAACCAGCCUGGAUGACCUGAUGAACCAAAUGAAGGCUUUGUGAUCUCUCCACAUGCUGUAGUCAUUAUGCGUUGUACAUUUUGCACAGGCUAACCAGGGGCAACACUUUCUGCCUAAACUGGAUUAUAAUAAAAAAAACGUUUCAGUGCCCUCAUGCAUGAAGCACAGUUUUUUCAGAAAGUGGCUCACUUAAAGGUUAUUGUAGCAAUAUGAACACCCAUUGUUCAGCAUCGUUUAGGUGACAACCUUAUCAUUGUAUGAGUUAGUAACACUCUUACUAAGGGGACAUCUUUAAAAACAAACUAUGUAAGACUUUGUUAUAAUUGUGCAAUGGUAAAAACUUCACAGACAGGAUAAGCAAAGUACAAACAACAAGGUUUUUAUCCAAACAUUGAAAAGAAGCUUUUGAUAAACAUUUGACAGACUUUAAAAAACAAUAGCUGGUCAGUUGUCUUGUACAGCCUUCACAUCUGUUGAUGUUUGUAAUCAAGGUACAAUGAUGUUCUAUUAAAGAAUUGCAUGUAUAGGUACAUGUUAAGCCUUUUAGGAACUGCAUUUAAAUUAUAAUAAAUACCCAUUGAAAGUAAAAUAGAGGACAAACAUGGCAUAAAUAUUGAUGAUCAAAGCCAGCCUUCCUACUCUCUCUUACAUUCUAACUGUGAAUUGAUUUUAUCAUUAAAAAUACAGACUAAAAAAAGAACCCAAUAGUCUACGCUUAACCCUUUCCCUUUCAGAAGCAAAGUUAAAAUGGCUAAGUGCCAACAGCAUUAAACCAAAACUCGCAGUCUGUUCAGGUUUUAUGCUGUUUGCUGCUCAUCAGUAUCUAAGGGUUGGAAAUGAAGCCUUUAAAACUUGAAUCUAAUAAGAAAGGUUUUAAUUAAAUUUAACUUUUUUAGGGACUACAAAUGCGUAAAAAUAUGUAUCUAAGUGGUAAAGGGUGAAAUAAAAAUUAACAUAGGCAUGAGUCUGACAACCAGAAAUGGUAUUUAACGAGAACUCAAUGAUCAUGAAGUUAAUUUUCAGAAAAACGUGACUUGCGAAAGGCAUAUUAGGCUAGUGUAGUCACAUCCCAGGUUAGCGUUUGAGCUCAAUAAUUCGGAAACAUGUUCCUGAAUGUUGUAAAAUGGAAAGGGUAUUUCAGAUCAACAAGAAACUGUAUGGCAUUGUUUCUUGUUAAGUUGUGAUUUAAGCAGCAGGUUAUGGUGUAAGCACUUUCUCAUUAUUAUUCUGGUAUAUAUUGUUACAUAAAUGACAAUGUAUUCAUAGAUUAUUUGAGAAUCUUGUUCACCUUUAUUUGUCACAAAGUAAGGCACAAAAUAAUAAAGUGCGUUUAUGUAUUGCUUACAGAAUAAUAUUGAAAUAUCAAGUAUUAUUUUUAAUUGAUUUUGCUUGAAUACAAACUAAUGUUUUUUUAUUUGGAUUAAUGUCUUUAUGUUGCUUCUGCAACUUUUCCUAGCCUGGCCAUGAAGUGCAUUUUGUUUUGUUGUUUAUGUAAUUUGUUAUUUCUGUAUAUAUUAAUUUUAUUAAUGAACAUGCAUGAAACGAUUCUAUUUAGAUAUGCUAUGUUUACUGUAGAUAAAAUACAUGGUAUGGUAACAAAA